AUGUCGGACAACGAACUCUCCUACACGAACCCUCCCUCCCCUGCCGCCGGUCCCGCCCCGCCGACGGCAGAUGCGCCCCCCGCCGAGGACCACCCCUCACAGGAGGACGGUGAAGGGAACACGCAAGAGCUCACCCCGCCGCCGCCGCCGCGCCCGUCCGCCAACAGGUCCUUGACUGGUCAGUCUCAGCGAUCGUUCGCCCGGCUCGAGGCGGUCAAUGCUCAAGCCGCUGCAGAAGGUGCUAGGCCUGCCCGCAACGACGGCAGCGACGGUACCGUGCUCACGCCCCGCCCGCGCGGCGAAUUGGCGAAUGCCUUCCGCGUUCGCAUGGAAGAGAAUGUGAACCGUCUCGCCGGAGUUGUCAGUGUCGCGAAUGCCCGUGCCGUGGCGAUUGACCGCUCCAACGCCGCGUUCGACUCGCGCCUCGAUAACCUUGCCAACAAAAUGGACAAUGUUAUCUCAGCCACAGACGGCAUGGCCGCACGCCUCUCUACAGUCGAAUCCGGCAUCGUCAGCGAGUCCGCCUCCCGCGCACAGCUUCUUGAUGCGAUCCAGGGCACUAUCGCGCGUCUUGAAGCGGUCCACAACAACAGUCGCGGUGGGAACGACAACGUCUCCCCUACCGUGCCCUCCAAGCGCGCGCGCACAGACGAUACGUCCACGACCGGCUCGGCCGCGCAAACCCCAGGGGCCGCGUCCCAGCCCGAGGUCGGGAACUUCUCCCUGGGCGAUAAUACCACGCAUUUCGCAACCCCGCCCGUGCCGGCGACUGUGGCUGCCGAUCAUGCGCCUGCCCCUGCACGAGCCAACCCAUUCGCGCAGCAAGUUCAACCGGUCGCUCCCAUCCCUGCACCGGUGGUGGCGGCCCCCGCUGGCGUGGCCACUCCAGCCCUGCCCAACCCAUUUGCCCCGCAGGCGCAGCUGUCCACAACGGGCGACUAUUCGUACCCUCCCCCGCAACACGCGGGGGUGGGUGGGAACAUGACGCCUGCUGCUACGCAAUCUGCCCCGGCGAGCCCGUUCGGCCCCUCGGCGAUGCCAGCCCCUCCUCCCCUCGGAGUUGCCGCCCACGCCAUGCCGACCCCGCCGCCCUCGCGUCCUCUCGCCUCCGCCCCAGCUGUUCGUCGCGGAGGCAACAACAGGCCCGGUAUUUGGGUCGCUAUUGGUCCGAUGAAUGGUCUCGGGCGCGGGGCGGGCCAGCUCAACAGCCAGUUUGAGGAUCUCCUCAGGCUCACGAACGAUGUCGAGCGUGAAACGUUCCUCGCCGUCCGCCGCUCGAGCAGGAGGGGUGCGAGGCUGAUGGCAAACGCCACCUGGAUCGCUGGGUUCUUCGAUGACAUUGAGGUUGCGAUGAGAUUUCGAGACGCUUGGAACCGGAACGUACCCGUCACUGCCCCGGAUACACAUGCUGAAGUCGUCGCCGAAGCCUCCCUCCAGCCUCACCUCGAACCGAAUACGUUUUACUCCAUCUCCGUGCGAUCGUGGAAUGUGCGCAAGCGACUCGCAGACUUCAUCCAGAAUGAGGACUCGUGUCUGCAGCUCGAGCGUUACGACGUAAAUUUCUUCCAGGAAACUGGGCUGACACCCGGCCAAGAACGUUCCCUGCGCCUACCACGGGGCUACGAGUGUAUCGCGAUCUCGCGUCCGGCCGGAAUCCUUCUCCAACAAGGGGGCGGGCUCGCGGUCAUCUUCCGAGAGGGCCUGUUUGAGAAGUGCGACCUGCUGCCAGAGUAUGGAGGCCAAGACGUCAUGGCUCUCGAUGUCGGCUUCGCCGUCUUAUUGAAUGCAUACCUGCCGCCCUCGACAAGCCCAUGGUUACAGCGUGCGGGGGUACGGCCUAUCGCGCAGCUUGCCGAGGCACUCGCUCUCGGAGAUCGACUAGGCAAGCGCAUGCUUCUAGUAGGCGAUCUCAAUGCUCGCACGGCAAGCUCUCAGCCGCAGCCAGACUGCCCCACGCGACUCUCCUUCGACAGCGUGACAACAGCGCGAGGCACGGAGCUCAUAGACGUUCUAAGGGCAACGGACACGUACAUUCUGAACGGGUGCGAGGAUCUGGGACAAGAGUCCGGCGCAUACACGUCGUUCAACUCAGAUACAAGCGAUGUUCGCCACUCUGUCGUCGACUACCUCAUCGCGAAUAAUCUGGCAGCGCCCUACGUCCUCGACCUCGAAAUUCUGCCUCGACUGGGCAAAUCUGACCACGCGCCCAUGAGAUUCACUCUCGGCGUACGCGGAAGUGAGCUGCUGGGCGACCAUGAACCGGCCGCGGCCAGAGCACGCCGCCGGCCCCACAGGCGACCGGACCUCCCAAUGCACAGCGAACUAGACAAGGCAUACGCGGCCGCGAUUCAGAGCGCGCAGGAUUCCACGCCAGAGACGCGCAUGUUCGCCCUCUAUGGCUGUGCCGCCACAUGCUCCCGCGAGACCAUCAUACACACGGAUGGCUCUUGCCACAGCAACGGGCGACAGGCCGCCUCCGCGGGUGCCGGGGUCUACUUUGGAGAGAGCGGUCGAAAUUUGGCAGUGCGAGUACCGGGUGCGCAAACAAACAACCGCGCGGAAGUGUACGCCAUCCUUCGCGCGCUCGCUGCAUGCGACCCUCACCGCUCCUUGGCGAUCUUCACCGACUCUCAGUAUGCGAUACGCUCUCUCACGUACUGGGCAGCUUCUCGCGAGAACACCGGAUGGCUAUGCGCAAACGGCGACAUCCUCAGGAACUGCGCCGAGUGGCUGAAAGCCCGCACUGCUACUACUCGGUUCGAGUACGUGCAGGCACACAAGGGCAAUCACGGGAACGAGAGCGCCGACCGCCUAGCCAACAAGGGCGCGGACGACCCGUCGCUCGGGGUAUUCGUACCCAUUCCGCCCCCCACCGCCGAACCGGCGCGACCGGGAACGGAGAGAAUACCUAAAGGCGCCAUCAAGGUCUCCACCUCCCUGCCACCGGCACACGACCCUGAAGGGCGCUGCACGGACAAGCGUAGGCCAGCGUGGAAAGACAAAGGUCAAAAGGGACGGAGGGGAAGAAACAGGAAGCACUGGACCCAGAACAAGCACCAGGACGCGAUCGUGGCGGCCAGCCGGGCGGGCAAGCCCUUCUGGCGUACUUGGAGACGCUGCAUGGAUGCUAAGAAGAGACGCGCGAAGGUCUCCCUAACAGACCUGGCAGCGACGUUCCGGCGGCGUAUGAACCGCAACGCCGAGCCUCCAGACUCCUUCAUCCUCUCCGCUCGUGUGCAAGCCCGCCACCUCGCCCGCCGCCUUGAGGAUAUUACACCAGACAUCCCGCCCGACGAUACGUUCACGCGCGAGUGGGUCCCCGCGGAUAUUGCAUCGCUCAAGGCCAAGAUCAAGAGCGACGCGAAAGCCGGGGCGCCUGGAGUAGAUGGUAUCGCCACGUCCGUGCUCAUGAUGGUGCCCAACGAAGCUCUGUGCGACCUCUUCAAUCAGUGUGUGCGAAAGCAGGGCGCUCCCUCCAUAUGGCUUCUCACGGCCGUCAUCGGGAUCCUAAAGAAGAACCUCUCCCCGAAAGACGCGGCGAGCUAUCGCACCAUCGGCCUCGAGUCUAUUGCGUUGAAGAUGAUGACGCUACUCAUCCACAAGAGACUAUAUGCAUGGGCGGAAAGGCACAAGAUCUUCCCAGCCUCCCAGAACGGGUUCCGUCACGGAUACAGGACGAACAACAACGUCUUCAUUCUACGCAGCAUCAUCGAGAAGUAUCAGGAUUCCAAGCUUCCCGUGUACGUUGCGUUCGUAGACAUCAGCAACGCGUUCCCGUCUACGGACCGGGACAUCCUCUGGCUCACACUUCAGCGGCAAGGCUGUGUCGGGCCUAUAGUGGACUGGCUUAGGAUGCUCUACUCCAACAUGCGCUACGUUGUGCAGCUCGAGGACGAGUUCUCGGACGCUUUCGCCUCCGACAUCGGGGUUCUCAUCGGUGACCCGUCGUCUCCUACACUAUGGAAUCUCUUUAUAUCCGACUUCAAGCCUCCGGCCCACCCAGACGACCCGAUCCUAGGCUCGCAGAAUAUACGUGUCUCGCAUGUUGAGCACGCAGACGACAUGCAACUCAUCGCGCUCGGCGCAGACGGGCUGCAGGCACUCCUGGACUACCUUUAUCGAUGGGCAGGCGAAAAGCAGCUGCUGGUGAACAGCAUCAAGACGUGGAUUAUGAUGUUCGGCAAGAUACCGAAGAACCCCCCAAUCUUCCGCCUCGGCGGGCUUCCCCUCAAGUACACGGCGACGCACACAUACGUCGGCGUACACAUCAGGUCCACUACUGGCAAUAUCUUCGCGCCACACUACUCCGACAUCGCGGCGAAGGCGCGCGGCGCCGCACUCGCGAUUCUUGCUGGCCACUCCGUCUUCGGCGACCUCCCGCCCGAGACCCUCCGGCUCCUGUACCUAGGACGUGUAGACCCGCAUCUAUGCAGUGGCGCCGACAUCAUGGUCGACGUCGAUAGGAAUGUCGAGAAGAUCAUGCGCGUGCAGCACGAGUUCCUGAGACGCUCGAUGGGUAUAUUCAACAACUGGUCGCCACGCACGCCGCUCUUCACGGAGCUGAAUGUCUGGCCGAUCCGCUAUAGGCGCCUGACACUCGCGCUCCGUUACCUCAGGUACCUGCUUCAGCAGGAUGACAGUCGUCUAGUGCGCGCGGCGCUAGAGGAGCAAAUCGCCAUGUACGACGCCACGGUCGCCGGCUUUCUCGGCGACCUUCGCAUCGCCUUCGACCGGCUGCCGGUCAAGGUCAGUAUGCCCUCCACGGCGGAUAUUCGGGCGAACGGCACAGUGGAUAAUCUGAUCAACGCGGUCAGCAACUCUAUGAGGGAGUCCCUGCGCCUGGACAUCGCCACGUCGCCGCGCUUGUACCUCCUGCGCGACAGGCCCGAGCCGCAAGCGCGCGGCCCUCCUCGGCCCACUCUAAUGAGGCUUCGCCACUACCUCAAGAUCCGGAAUGCAGACGACAGGUCGGCGAUGGCAAAGCUCAUGAUCAGCAGCCAUCCCCUGGCAAUCGAACGCUUUCGCCACGGAUCUGGGGUGAGGAACGGUGUGAAACGCCUCAUAGUGCCGCGCGAGGAGAGGCUCUGCCGCCUGUGCGCCAAAGCCGUAGAGUCCCCGGAGCACGCCGUGCUCGUGUGCAACGGAAGUGACGCGCUGAAACGGCUCCGCGGCGACUUCUAUGCGAGCCUCCACGAGACGCGACCGGACUUUGUCAGGCCGUACACGGAGGAGGAGGCAUUAAUCGCCCUGAGGACGCUCAUAUGCGCUCACGACAUCUGUGCACUGCUGGCGGCGUUCGUCAAUAAGACGCUGAAGCUCUUCGGGGAAGUAGAGCUUGUGUGGCCUUCUCGAUAUACAAUCCGUGUAGACGAAGAUAAUGUAUCUGACGAGGAUGAGGUGGACGAGACGAUUGCUUAA